CGCAUCAUGUAGGCUAGUUCUGAGAUGUGAUUUGACAGUGCUCUGAAUUGAACACACAACGACAGAGCUGUCAGUUGUGGGUAGCAAGGAAUUAACCACUCGCUAAUCGUGUUAUUGUGUUCCUGCCAUUCUUUAGCCAAUGAAAUUGUGUCUCUCUGGGACGUCGAGUACGGUGGCGGUAAUGUUAUGGAGUUUCCUCUGCUUCAUCUUCAUCGUUGAAAAACACACAGCUAGCUAGCAAAGGCCUCGCAGUAGCUAACUGUUCACAAGAAGAGAGUGUUUUGGGCAUCAACGUACAUUGAAAAGACGACGAACAUCAACUUACUCUGCAUGAGAUCAUUUAAAACCAUUGAAAUAUGGUGGUUCUCAAAAUACGAGACCAGCCUGCUCUGCUGAAAGCCAUCUUCAAUGUGGACCCAGACGAAGUCCGCUCUAUCAUAUUUAAGAAGGAAGACGUCAACGUUCAGGACAAUGAGAAGCGAACCCCUCUGCACGCAGCAGCCUAUCUCGGAGAUGCCGAAAUUAUCGAACUGCUGAUUCUGUCUGGAGCCCGUGUAAAUGCCAAAGACAACAAGUGGCUCACCCCUCUCCACCGGGCGGUGGCAUCGUGCAGUGAGGAGGCGGUCCAGGUGCUGCUGAAACACUCGGCGGACGUCAACGCCCGGGACAAGAACUGGCAGACGCCGCUUCACAUCGCCGCCGCCAACAAGGCCGUCCGCUGCGCCGAGGCCCUGGUGCCCCUGCUCAGCAACGUCAACGUGUCGGAUCGGGCGGGGCGCACGCCGCUGCACCACGCCGCCUUCAGCGGUCACAUGGAGAUGGUGAGGAUCCUGCUGUCUCGAGGAGCCAACAUCAAUGCGUUCGACAAGAAGGACCGCCGCGCCAUCCACUGGGCUGCCUACAUGGGGCACAUUGAGGUGGUGAAGAUCCUGGCGUCCCACGGCGCCGAGGUGGCCUGCAAGGACAAGAAGGCCUACACGCCGCUGCACGCCGCCGCGUCCAGCGGGAUGAUCAGCGUGGUCAAGUACCUCCUGGACCUGGGCUCCGACAUCAACGAGCCCAACACCUACGGCAACACCCCACUGCACGUGGCGUGCUACAACGGGCAGGACGUGGUGGUGAACGAGCUGAUCGAGUGCGGCGCCAAUGUCAACCAGGUGAACGAGAAGGGCUUCGCCCCGCUCCACUUCACCGCCGCCUCGCGCCACGGGGCGCUGUGCCUGGAGCUGCUGGUGGGCAACGGUGCCGACGUCAACAUCAAGAGUAAAGACGGAAAGACCCCCCUCCACAUGACGGCCAUCCACGGGCGCUUCUCCCGCUCCCAAGCGGUCAUCCAGAACGGCGCCGAGAUCGACUGCGAAGACCGGAACGGAAACACACCGCUGCACAUCGCCACUCGCUACGGCCACGAGCUGCUCAUCAACACCCUCAUCACCAACGGCGCCGACACGGCAAAACGAGGAGUCCACGGAAUGUUCCCCCUGCACCUGGCAGCCCUCAGUGGAUUCUCCGACUGCUGCCGGAAGCUUCUCUCUUCAGGCUUUGACAUAGACACCCCGGACGACUUUGGAAGGACCUGUUUACACGCUGCAGCAGCUGGAGGGAACCUGGAAUGUCUGAAUUUGCUGCUCAACACCGGGGCAGACUUCAACAGAAAAGACAGCUUUGGAAGGACCCCCUUGCACUACGCCGCGGCUAACUGUAACUACCAGUGCCUGUUUGCCCUGGUGGGCUCCGGGGCCAGCGUCAACGACCUGGACGAGAGGGGCUGCUCGCCGCUCCACUACGCCGCUGCCUCGGACACGGACGGAAAGUGCCUGGAAUACCUGCUGCGAAACGACGCAAACCCGGGGAUCCGGGACGGUCAGGGCUACAACGCCGUGCACUACGCCUCGGCGUACGGACACCGCCUCUGCCUGGAGCUGAUCGCGAGUGAAACGCCUCUGGAUGUGCUAAUGGAGACGUCGGGGACAGACAUCCUGAACGACUCUGACGUCCGAGCCCCCAUCAGCCCACUGCACCUAGCUGCGUACCACGGCCACCACCACGCCAUGGAGGUGCUGGUGCAGUCGCUGCUGGACCUGGACGUGAGGAACGGCCAGGGGCGCACGCCUCUGGACCUGGCCGCCUUCAAGGGCCACGUCGAGUGCGUGGACGUCCUCAUUAACCAGGGGGCCUCCAUCCUCGUGAAGGACUUCACCCUGAAAAGGACCCCCAUCCAUGCUGCAGCCACCAACGGCCACUCUGAGUGUUUACGCCUGCUGAUCGGAAACGCCGACCACCAGAGCGCCGUGGACAUCCAGGACGGCAACGGACAGACCCCGCUGAUGCUGGCGGUGCUGAGCGGGCACACGGACUGCGUGUACUCCCUGCUCAACAAGGGAGCCAACGUAGAAGCCAAAGACAAGUGGGGGAGGACCGCGCUGCACAGGGGGGCGGUGACGGGCCACGAGGAGUGUGUGGAGGCCCUGCUGCAGCACAGCGCCAGCUUCCUGACGCGGGACUGUAAGGGGCGCACCCCCAUCCACCUGGCGGCCGCCUGCGGCCACAUCGGGGUGCUGGGGGGGCUCCUGCACGCCGCCCAGAGCGUGGAGACCCUCCCCGUCGUCACCGACAACCAGGGCUACACGCCUCUGCACUGGGCCUGCUACAACGGCCACGACACGUGUGUGGAGGUGCUGCUGGAGCAGGAGAUCUUCCAGAAGACGGAGGGCAACACCUUCAGUCCCCUCCACUGUGCCGUGAUUAACGACAACGAAGGAGCGGCCGAGAUGCUGAUCGACACGCUGGGUCCCGCCAUCGUCAACUCGGCCGACGCCAAAAAAAGGACCCCCCUGCACGCGGCCGCCUUCACCGACCACGUGGAGUGUCUCCAGCUGCUGCUGAGCCACAACGCCCAGGUCAACAGCGUCGACGCCUCGGGCAAGACCCCGCUCAUGUUGGCCGCCGAGAACGGCCAGACCAACGCCGUCGAGGUGUUGGUGAGCAGUGCAAAAGCAGACCUCACCCUGCAGGACGCCGUCAAGAACACUGCCUUGCAUCUCGCCUGCAGUAAGGGGCAUGAAACCAGUGCCUUGUUGAUAUUGGAGAAGAUCUCCGACAGGAACCUCAUCAACUCGACGAACGCAGCCUUACAGACGCCCUUACAUGUGGCAGCUCGAAACGGUUUGACUGUGGUCGUGCAGGAGCUACUAGCCAAGGGUGCCAGCGUGCUGGCUGUGGAUGAGAACGGUUACACCCCCGCCUUGGCGUGCGCCCCCAACAAAGACGUGGCCGACUGCCUGGCCCUCAUCCUGGCCACCAUGAUGCCCGUGUCCCACGGCACGCCGACGCCCAGCCUGCCCUUCAGUGCCAUGAACCACUACACCACCACCACCAGCCCCUCCAAGAGCGUGACGUUCGACAGCCUGCCCGCGCUCCGCGCCGACCACAGCUCCUACUGCAGCUUCAACAACGUCGGCCGCCGCGACGGCUCCUACAAGGACGAGGAGCUCAACGACUCCGACUCUGAAACGUACUGACGACCGGGGCGGCACGGCGGGAAGGGGCCACGCGCUCGCACGCACUCUCACGCGUACCCAUACAAA